AUGCCUGCAUACAAGAAGGUGUCCAAGGGCAUCAAGCGCCAGCCCACAACCCCUGUCAAAGGCAAAGCGCCUGUUCGACGGAGAGCAUCCGAUGUCUCCUCAUCUUCGUCCCUCGAUCUGUCCGACGAAGAUGGCUAUUCUGAUCUUGACGACCUCACAUCUGACGAGGACGACGAGGAAGAUGUAGAGGCGGCUGAGGAGGAGCACAUUAUUCAGAGCUCACCUCAGCCGACAGAAGAAGAUGAGGAAGGAGACGACGAAGCUGGCGAUGCCGAAGACGAAGAGGAGGAAGAUGAUGACGACGAUGAUGACGAGGAAGAAGACAACGAUCCUGUCGAAAGCGCUAGUUGGGAUGGCAUCUUGUCCGAUGUUGACGUGGACGAGUUGAACCAGGACGAGACGGAUACUCUCUCCUUGGGCAAUGACUCGGCUGUCGAACGAAGAGUCCGCUUCGAUGUUCCUGAUUCCUCUGAUGGCGACUCAACCGAAACGGAUGAGGACGUUGUGAAUCGUGACUUCUUCCCGGACAUUUUUGUGCCUCAGAGUUCGCUCGACCCGGGGUUCCGCCGCGAGAUCGAGCGCGACCACGAUGACGACAACAACUCCGAUUCAGGCUUCUGGGACUUUCACAGCCACGACUUCUCCAAUCACCACGAUUCGCCGUUUGACGACAAUGUCUCGACUGAUAUUGAGGCUGUCCUCCAGUCCCUUCAAGAAGAUGAUGACAGUACACCUGUCGCCACUCCCAUGAACCGCCAUGAGAGCUCUACAGCCCAAUCAAGCCUGAUGCCAUCACCAGAAAUGGACGAUGACACUUCGCUCGAUGGUUAUCAGACCGAUGGCGAUACGACAGAAGAGGAAGAUGACAUGGAUGCUAGGCCUGUGCGACCUAAAACUGCGAGAGAAUUAGCCGAAGAGGACUCAGACUCCGAAGUGGUCACCAUCAUCAGAGCGCGCCGAGGCCAACCUCGCGUGGGACGGUUCACUCUGGAUAACCCUCGGAAGAAGCCCAUUGCUAUCGUCAACCCCAAGACGGGCAAGAUGAUGAUCUUCACCCCACAAGGCGGCCGCAAUGGAGGGCUCGAUCUGUCGCCUGAGCAAUUCAACUUCCAAUGGUUCGAGGCGGAGCCGCAAUCAUCACCCAUGGUCAAUUCCGGCAACAUGAUGAUGAGCGCCAUGGUUUCGUCCAACACAUUUGGCGACUUUAUGAACACACAAGCCAUUGGACCGGAGGAGGCUUUCUUCUCUCUUCCGCCAGACACGAACUACCUCGACGACAGCGGUGGCGAGCAUGACCAGGAAGACGAGGAGAAGCACUUGCAACUGGAAGACUUCAUCGACUUCGACGACGAGUUUGAAGGUCUUUCUGGCGACGAAGGCGCAGGGGACAAUGAAGACCCGAUAUUGUGUACGCCGAACUCCAUGGGUCGCCCUGCUACAGGAUCAAGCGACAUGACAUCUCUGCUUGACCAUUUUGAGGCAAACGCCGACCUUGUUGGCGCCUUCCGCCGCGACCAAGCGAACCAUCAGCUCAUCAGCCGUAGUAAGGCGACACGGGAGUCCCUCGCCUUUUCUGGACCGUACUACGAGGGAACGCUUCGUGGCAUCAAAGACGGCCGCAUUGCAAGCACCAAUGUACCCAUAUCACCCCUCAGGAAGCAGAGGAGAACAUCCGAGCUCGCCAGCAGCCCACUCAACACCGUUAACCAGAAGCGGAAGGCGUCCUCACAGCAAGACUGGGGCCACAAACGCCAGCGGAGCAUGCCCGAUGUGAAUGUGCUCACCCUAUAA